CAACCCGGAAGCGGCGCACGGAACCGCUGCUGCCAAAUCUGAUCCCAACCAGGGCAGCGAACAACUGACCGCUGUCCGCCGCGUUUCACACUAUUCUCGCUCACAUACCGCCACUAACAGUACGCCAACAUGUCUAAAGCCACGCUGUCGGAUCGCUUUAGGAAGGUAGAUGUAGAUGAGUACGACGAGAACAAGUUUGUGGACGAAGAAGACGGAGGAGAGAACCAGGGCGGACCCGACGAGGCAGAAGUGGACGCGUUACUCCGACAGGGGAACAUGAAUGGAGCUCUUCUGGCUGUGCUCAAGAACCCUCCAAUCAACACCAAGAACCAGAACGUUAAGGACCGCGCGGCCAUGCUGGUGGUGAAGGUUCUGAGCAGCUUUAAGAGCAGUGACAUAGAAAAGGCCGUGGCAUCUCUGGACAAGGCCAGUGUGGACCUGCUCAUGAAGUACAUCUACAGAGGCUUUGAGAAGCCGUCAGACAACAGCAGCGCUGUACUGCUACAAUGGCAUGAAAAGGUGCUUCCCGUGGGAGGAGUGGGCUCUAUCGUCCGAGUGCUGACUGCCCGAAAGACUGUGUAAUCCUGAACUGAUCCUCACCAAACGCUGGACCAGUGUCUCACCACAAGGACAUGUCUCUGCUGUCCCUGUGAGGACGCGCCUCUCCUUUCUGUCUCAUGUCUUCUGUUUAAGUCCGAGUGGAGCGUCCUAUCUCCGGCAUGUGUCCUCGCGUCUCUGGGAUUCUCGCAGGGCGGUGCUGGCGCCUCACUGCAGCACAUUUCACAUACAAGGCCCUUAUACACAGACAUGGUAUUUCAUUAUGUUUUGUAAGUUGUUUUCAUCAUUAAAGCUGUGCUGUGUAACUUUUCUGCUGAAGGGUCUGCCACUUUCAUGUUUCGGUGGAGAUGUUAUUGCUUUGCCUGAAAUGUUACAAAGUAAGGCAUUAAACAUAUCCAUCUUGCAUUUAUUUAAAGUUGCUAUACCUGAUUUUUUUUUCUUUAAAACAUGAAAAACAAAACUAGUUCAUUUUAAAUAGUUUGCAGUGGUCCAAAGUUAUUCCUCACUUAACUUAUGCAGUUUGAGCAUAAUUAUAGACCACUUGUAGAAUGUUUUAUCCAGUUCAGAUUUUAUAUUUUUCUUUUGCUAUGGAUUAUGAUUCUCAGCCAACAAAAUGCUUUAUAACUGCAUGCAGAUAGUAGACAACAGACUUAUUUUGACCUUAUGAGUUGCUUAUACAAUAUAUCUACUGAAGCAAAACUAAUUUUGCUCAAAUACAUGGAAAUAAUUGGGCACAGGUCCUUUUAAUUCUGUAACAAGUAACUGGGAAAACAUGGAUUCUUACUGUGAAUGGGGUUACCUCUCCACAGAUCAGAUAACUCAGACAAAGCAGUAACAUCUCCAGGGAGACGAUGACAAACCCUCCACCAGAAGCUAGUGGUCCAAGCCUGACUGACCUAAGACCAAACGGUUCAAAGCAGGGCUUUACCCCCUCAAGCCAUAGUCACAAUGGGGAGGGCAUCUGGUUUAAUAAUAUUCAAAAUGUCCAGUAUUUGGAUUUUAAAAACCUACUGUAAUUGUCUGUGUAAAAGGGCCUAAACAUUUUUUUCUAAGCAGCACAUUCCUCCUCUGGUGUUGUUCUUUUCUGUUGGACUGGGGGCUGCCUUUGCUGAAUAUAUGUUGGUGUUUCUUAUUGAAUCUUUUUUUUUUUUUACUGUCAUUCCUAAUUAUGUACGUAUGGCCUAUGUUAAGGCUACACUGCUUCUGUCUGUUUUUGUAUCAGAAAUAAAGAGUUUAUACAA